CUUCGCCGCGAGCAACCACCAACCCUCCUCCGCUGCCUCCUCCACAUCAACAUCAACACCAACACCAACACCAACGACGACGACGACCAACGCAACUGAGGAGGAGGCACGUCGCAUGAAGGAGGCAUUGGACGUGCAAGGCUCCCCGCCCCUCCAGCCGCUCGCCUCACAGUCCGUGGAGCUGCCAGCGAACAGUCCGACCAUGGCGUCGCACAUACCACCGGGCGUGUCGAGCAACAGCUCCGCCAUGUCCAUCGACGACAUCCUCAACUCCCUGCCUUCCUUCUCUCGGCAGCAAGCACAGGCACCCAAGGAUGCACACCCACCUUCAUCAGAUACUGCACAGGCUUCCAGCUCCAGUGGCAGCUCCAGUGCCAAGGCUGGCAAGCAGUCAGCUGAGGGAAAGGGUGCGCAUGUGCCACCACCCGGGUUUGUUGCGGUUGAGAUCAAGGACAUGAUGACCACACAGAAGGCUGCCGUCUCCUUUGGCAUGACCGAGUCCGAGUUCAAGACGAUCAAUCGCCUCAACACUCCACACGUCUUCCCAAAACAGAUUGUGUUUGUGCGGGAUGUCCAGUCCAAGGACGCUGCGCAGGCAACGCUGUUCCCGUUCAAGGGCGUCAAGUCACAGCCCCCGCCAGCAUCGCCAUCGUCAUCCGCCAAGGCGUCUGCAUCCACAGCAGCAUCAGCGGCAGCCAAAGCGGCAGCAGCGAAGGUCACAGCAGCAGCAGCAGCAGCAGCACGAACCGACGCCACGCGCAUGCGAACGCCACAGCGCCGCAGUAUCCGGCAGCUGCUGCAGGGCUCCAUCGGUGGCGGGCGAUCACGUAGCAAGACCACCUCCACCGGCUCGCGCUCGGCAAAGCGAAGCAUGCUCAGCCCAUCUGCACGCCGACGUGCAAACAGCGCAAGCGCCCCAAAGCAACGCGAUGAUGGCUUGCGCAAGAUGGGGGCGCUGUCGUACGCAAUGGCGGCACCUGCCGGCGGCGUUGGCUUGAGGGCCGUCCCAAAGACAUACCUCGCUGACAAGGCUUUCGACGAACAGGAAUUCAUCAACGACAGCUUCAUCCACAUGCACGUUCUCUACGUCACAGACGGCAAGGGCGUGAUUCCGGGGUCGCUGGCGGUGACACCAGACUUUGUCGAGUUCCAUCCACACCAGACCGACCUCGUGCGCGAGAUGGGGUCUGCCCAGUUCAGCUUUCACCUCGACAUGGUUGACCUGCUGCCGCCGCGAACACAGCGCGACGCGCCCGAUUUCCGCCCGGACAAGCGGACCCUUCUUCCGGCCGGCGCAUUCCACCGCUCGCCCUCGUCCGGGGACGGCAGCGUGCCGUUCCGCAUGGAGGAGAUGGUGCUGCCUGCUGGACCGCAGGGCAACUCGAACAUCGUACGCACGGCGUCUACGAGCGACGAGGUGACGGUGGACAUUGAACGCGCGCGGAGACGGACCAUCGAGCGGUUUCGCGGCCGGGGAGGCAGCAGGGACGUCAAGGCGGAGGGAGCAGAGAAAAAGAAGGUGGAGGAGGGGGAGAUUGACGAGAGUGCUGCGCGCAGGAAGUCUGCACCCGCAGCGACGGUCGCUGGUGCACACACUACUGCCACUACUGCCACUACUGCCACUACUGCCACUACUGCCACUACUGCCACUACUGCCACUACUACCACUUCUGCCGCAACUGCCGCAACUGCCACUACUGGCACGUCUACCACAGCGCCAGCGACGGCGAGUGUGGAUUUGGCGAGCGACAAAGCGGGGGCACCGGACAGGCCAGCAUCAUCGGCGAUGGAGAGCAUGCAGGCAUCGGUGGGGGAGACGGACGUGUUUGCAUCCACGGACCAGGAGGACGCAGAGGAGGGCAAAGGGGAGGAGCAACAGAGCGGGAAGCAGGGGGUGGAGCAGGGAGUGGGGGAGGCAGAGGGGGAAGGGGAAGGCAAGAAGAAGACUGUGGUGAAGGCGAACGAAGCAGGGGACAGGAAGGGCGAAUCAACAGCAGAUGCGGAGAAGAAGAAUGGUGAUACAGAUGGCGAUGGUGCUGCUGACGACAGCGAUGACCUGUUCUAUCCUUACUACCUCGAGCUCCGCCUCCAAUUGAUCUUUGGGCGGCAGCCGACCUGCGACACUACGGCCUCAUAUUGGCUGGCGGUGUCCCCGCGUCGCAUUGAUGUUCUCUACGAAUUCAUUCAUCAGCACGCCGCCGCAGAGCAGCUCGCAGACUGGGACGUCGUUGAGCUCUCAAGCCUGCCCAUGAGUGAGCUGCGUAAGAUUGCAUCUGAGGAAAGCGUCAAGCGCGCCUACCCAGAGCCCGUGUUCCUCUCAGAGCCAAAGCUCGUCUCCAAGCAGGCCUUUGCCCAGCUUGUGCCGCACUUGCCGCCACUGGAGCGGUGCAUGCACUUCCAGAAAGUGUACGCGUCGUACGAGCACGGCAUCAGCCUGUCCACCCUCUACCGCUGCGCGCUCACGUGUCCUGGACCCUCCAUCCUCUUCGUGCGCGAUUUUGAGGGCAAUGUAUUUGGCGCGUUUGUGACGGACACGUGGGAGCCGUCCAAGUCCUACUUCGGGGGCGGCACAUCGUUCCUUUUCAAGAUGUAUCCCGAAUUUAAAGUGUUCAACUGGACCGGAGACAACACCUAUGUGCAGCUCGCCAGCAAAGACUCUCUCAUCGUUGGCGGCGGCGGGAACGGAUAUGGGCUGUGGCUUGAGGAGACGUUUACGGACGGCAGCAGCCAGGAAUGCACCACAUUUGCAAACGAACAACUCUCCUCACAGUCGCGCUUCAAAGUCCACGAAGUGGAGCUCUGGGGCUUUAUCCGAGCGUUCUAAAGUUGUGUAAGGAGGGCGUGUAAGUGUAACAACGUAACAAGUGUGUGUGUGUGUGUGUGUGUGUGU